GAAAUUGAUGUCUUGCAAUCUCUUAAUCAUCGUAACAUUAUUAAAAUUAUCCGUGGCGAGGAAGAUGAUCACAUCAUUCGCAUGGUUAUGCCUUACCUAGAAGGUGGCGAUUUACGUGAUCGAUUGGAGCAAUGUAUUGGUAGUGUUAUGUCAGAGAUGCAAGCGAAACCGAUUAUAAUUCAAGUUUUAAAUGGGGUUGCAUAUUUACAUCGCAAUAAUAUUAUCCAUCGUGAUCUGAAGCCAGAAAAUAUACUCUAUUUUACUAAGAAAGGAUCAGAGUUGGUAAUUAGUGAUUUUGAUUUAGCGGUACGUGUUGAAAAUGAUCAUCAGCAAUUUUUUUACCCUGUUGGAACUGAAGGUUAUUUGGCAGCAGAAAUGCUUAACGGAAUGUCUUACUGCUUCCCUGUAGACUGUUGGAUGGUCGGUGUUAUGCUGUUUGAGGUCCUUUUGGAUAAGUUACCAUUUGAAAAUGGCGAUUCAAUAUAUGAAAAUGACCUUUGGAAGAAUUUAUUAACUAGGGAUUGCCAAAAUUUUAUCGAUCGUCUACUAGAACCGGAUCCCAACUUACGGAUGACUGCUCGUGAAGCAUUGCAUCACCCUUGGUUGCGA